AUGACGACUGAAGAUAUUCCAAAGACGCACAAAGCCGUCAUCUACUCAAAUCCUGGUACUCUGGCCACUGAAGUAAUUGAUGUCGAAACACCAGAGCCUCAACGGGGAGAGAUCCUCAUCAAACUCCUUUACUCCGGUGUCUGCCACACGGACUUUGCCUUCAUCAUGAAUUCUUAUGGACAUAUGCCCGAGCCGACACCGCGCGGUCAGAUUGGAGGACACGAGGGCGUUGGAUACGUCGUUAAGCUGGGUGACGGAGUGACAGAGGUCCAGUUGGGUGACCGCGUUGGAGUGAAGUGGAUCACGUCGGCCUGUCUGAUCUGCUCCGAGUGCCUCGCUGGGUUCGACAAUCGUUGUAAGAAGCGCAAGGUCGCAGGGUAUAAAACGCCCGGUACAUUUCAACAAUAUAUCAUCAGCGAUCCCCGAUAUGUCACUCCCAUUCCCGAGGGACUCUCUUCUGAGGCAGCUGCCCCUCUUCUCUGUGGCGGAGUGACCGUGUGGUCAGCUCUAUUAUACAGCGAGUGUAAGCUGGGUGACUGGCUUCUAGUAUCCGGGGCUGGAGGGGGCCUCGGUCAUCUCGCAGUUCAGUAUGCAAAGGCGUUCAAUCUGAGAGUCAUCGCCGUCGACCACGGUUCCAAAGCGGACUUUUGCAAGUCCCUCGGGGCAGAUGUCUUUCUUGACUUUACCCAAUUCAACUCGGCAGACCUUGCUGCCAGAGUCAAGGAAGUCACCGAUGGUGGAUGUCAUGCCGUUAUGGUCUGCAAUGCCAGCUCCAGAGCAUACGAUCAGGCGCUCGAUUUCCUCCGGUACGCGGGAACACUGGUCUGCGUGGGAAUCCCGGAAGUCGACCCUCACCCCAUGCCAAAUGCUGCCCCCUUCAAGAUCAUCGGGAAUCUCUGGAAAAUAAAAGGCGCCGUGACCGGAAACAGAAUUAUGGCGAUUGAUUGCCUGCAACCGGCAGCCCAUGGCCAUGUUCGCCCAGCCAUACGGGUAGAGCCAAUGAAUAAACUCACAGAGGUCUUUGAGGAUCUCCAUGCUGGCAAGAUUCAGGGUCGUGUUGUUCUCGAUCUGACUCGGCUCUCUUGA